UCCAUCAACAAUCAGUCAUCGCCGCUAAAAACUUUAAAGAACAAAAAAAUAUCUUGAAACCCGGAGAUGUCGGACGAGGAGCACCAUUUCGAAUCCAAGGCCGACGCCGGCGCCUCUAAAACCUAUCCUCAGCAGGCCGGUACUAUCCGCAAGAACGGCUAUAUCGUCAUAAAAAACCGCCCAUGCAAGGUUGUUGAAGUUUCCACCUCCAAGACUGGGAAGCAUGGUCAUGCUAAGUGUCACUUUGUCGGAAUCGACAUCUUCACUGGCAAGAAACUGGAAGAUAUUGUUCCAUCUUCCCACAACUGUGAUGUUCCACAUGUCAAUCGUACUGAUUACCAGUUGAUUGACAUUUCUGAGGACGGAUUUGUGAGUUUGCUGACUGACAGUGGAGACACCAAAGAUGAUUUGAGGCUUCCAACUGAUGACAACUUGUUGAAACAGAUAAAGGACGGUUUUGCUGAGGGGAAAGACCUAGUUGUGUCUGUAAUGUCGGCAAUGGGUGAAGAACAGAUCUGUGCUCUCAAGGACAUUGGUCCAAAGUAGGCUUUGAGAUAUAAAUGGAAAUGGUUCUUAUAAGAGCUUAUUAAUGACUUUGCACCGUCCAAGAUAUUGGACAAUUAUAAAAUGCUCAAUUUCCAUGGCUGUUCUAUUAUUAUUAUUAUUAGGAACCUUUCUCUGCUCCCAAAUGGCACGUGCAAGACGGUGAGUUUCAUGUACGUGUUAUUUUUUCCAGUGGUGUAAUCGUGUUUUGACUUAUUAUUAGAUUAUAUAUAUGUUUGAUAUUUUAAUAA